GGGGCUGGUCUUGCUGCAGAGCAUCGGGUCUUUAAGACCCAGUGGAGUCCAGCAUCUGGGCUGAAGCCGCUGUGCCAUCUGGAGAGUGUUUCAGUCAGACUCACUCUGAGAAUUACACGGGAGGAUCUGACGGACCACCUGGAAUUACAACCACAUCUUGACUGCAGACAUGUCCGGCAAAACCGCCUGCCUCGUGCUUCUCUGUCUACCCGUGCUGCUUCAGGGCCAGUAUUCUGACCAGUACGCCCUACAGCCACCUUUUCAGGAUCAGUACGGACAGUCUCCGAUACCUCCGACUGAUUAUAACCCAGACUUUGAUUACACAGACACACAGUUCGAGACAGAACCAACGGAGCCUGGGCCUCUUGACUGCAGGGAGGAGCAGUAUCCGUGCACCAGGCUCUAUUCUGUCCACAAACCCUGCAAGCAGUGCCUCAAGAACCUCUGUUUUUACAGCCUCCGCAGAGUCUACGUGGUCAACAAGGAAGUUUGCGUCCGCACCAUCUGUGCUCACGAAGAGCUACUGAGAGCCGACCUGUGCCGAGAUAAAUAUUCAAAGUGUGGCGUGAUGGCCAACAGCGGGCUGUGCGGGCAGAUGGCCUCGUCGUGUGUCAGGAGCUGCGGCUCCUGCUGAGACAGAGGAGGGGGACGGGCGAGAGGACCCCCCAUGGUGCCGGGGUCCAGGAGACGAAUCUCCACAUAUAUCAAUAAUACGCAACAAGUAAUUUUAGAGGAAUCAUUUUCAUAUUUUUCUGUAACUCACGACGGUGCUAAGAGAUGUUUUUUUUUGUAUAAACCUCACGAUUUAAAGUCCG